AUGGACAGCACGUCCAUUAUAACGCAGGUUACAAGGGACGAUGAGUCUGUGGAGGUGAACCCGUAUAAUCAAGUCAAGUGUGAGUAGGGGCUUCCACUCUCACUGCAUUGCUCAUUUUGUCAUAGCCAUAGUCACGGCGCGAAUUUUGUGAGGCGCUUAGAGCGAUACCGGCUAAAUUUCAGCGGUUGAGAUGAUUCUUUAAGCACAUUAUUUCAAGCUUUCUUACAGCUUGUUUGCUUGGGAAUCUCCGAUUGCCGUCAUUGAGUUAAUGAAAGUGCUGUUAACAUUUGUAUUUAAAUUGUCAGCUCCCGCUUGGUUAAUACGUUUGAUAUUUUGCUAUUCUUGUCCCCUUGCACGUUCACUCAGUUCACUAACUUUUUCUGGUGACUUACAGUACCUGGUUCACUCUCCAAAAAGCCGAGAAGUCGGAACAUAUUUUCUUCGUUUUUCUGCUGUUUUGGCGCCCAAUCGACAGCUGCUGGAAGUCCGUGUACAACUGUUUCGCACUCCAAUCACAACCACAACCACAAUGAUAAUUCGAUCACCGAAGACAAGACUGAUUCGAAGGUUGGUAUUUCCGUACGUCGAGGUUACUUGCCAGGUGUUUAACUGUAAUUUUGAUGAACUACUGUGCGCAUAACUCUAUCUUUCAACUUAGAAAGGGGUUUUGUUUGUUAGGGUCUGGAUCUCUGUCUAUUAAUUUUUAAAAUCCUUACUUUAAUUUAUCCCAGGAAUGCACACACGCAGUAUCCUUUGUUUUCAUUAAGCUGAGAGCAAAUUGUUUCUCUAAGGCUUCAGUUCUUUCCCUUGGUAGCUCGAAUUGCUGUGGAAAGAGCUUCUUUCCAGCUCUUUCCAAAGUAGUAAAAAUUCGAUUUUCGAGUUUGUCGUUGAUCAUAGUUUGCACGCCGGGCGUUUCGUGAUCUCAAGUACAUCCAAAAACUGUCAAUUUCAUUGAAGAAACGGACACCUCGUGACGGUUUCUUCCACGGUCGAACGUUUUACUCAGUGACGCUUAUGGUUUUGCAGCUUUCGGAGAUCGAUGUUACAGAGCUUGUUUCUUGAGAGUUAAAAAUUGCUAUAUGGUACAGCAAUAUAAAAACAAUACCAAUUAAUUCGGUUCAUGGAAGAGAAGUGAUCACUCCGGCUGGUUCCUUGUCGGUGUAAAUUAAUUUCUGCAUGUUUGCUGCAAAAGGAAAUACCCUAUAUUGCUCUUUCUAACAAAUAUUUGACUUAAAAAUUAUAUCAGAUCAGCCGCGUUUUAGCUUGUUUUACAAUAUUUUACUACUUUAAUACGUUAAUAAUUUGUGUAUAGUUAUUCCAGGGUAGCAAAACUAUACACUCGGAUCAUGAGUCUUGAAAAACUACCUUGUAAACAUCGUCUCUGUUUGAUUAUUUUGAAGUUGAUAACUUUGGUUGUUAUCAUAUUGAUCUACUUUCUUUCUUGGCAAAGAGUUGAUCAUAAAUAUGCCUUGUACAGUGGUAUCUCUUUUGCAUAACUCUUAAAAUUUGACAGUUGAAUAUUGUCUUAAGCAUUAACAAACUCUUAAAACAGCCCAUAGUGAGCAAAGGAUAAGUUACAUAUUGCAUAUUUUUUUGUUUUAUUUCUGGUAUCUACCCAUGCAAAUUUUAUUUCAAUCUUAAGAGUUAGAGCAGUGUUAUGUAAUGCAUCAAACAAGUCACCUGAAAGAGCGUUUCAUCUGAGCGGACAGGGUUGAUUAAAUAGAUCAUUGCAACCACUUAUUUGAAUCAAACUCAGUGUCUGAAUAUAUAAUAUAGAUGAAAACUCUUUUGAGAGUUUGAUAUGAUAAAACUUAAAAUUAUCAAUAAUCAUCAAGUAAAUAUUGUUUUGAAACUUUGUCAUAAUUAGGGUUAUUUUUCCUUUGCUUGAAAUCUUCUUAUGAAUCAUUAAUGAACUUAAAACAAUAUCUUUACUUUGUAUUUAUAAAAACAAUCAAUAAAAUUAUUAUGCCUGGUUUUUGAUUUGUUUGCAAGAGCCUGAAAGAUUACUCUCACUUUAAAAUGGCUGAAUAACUUUUAUACAUGAUACUGUAAAAGUUUGAAAAUAAGCCCCUUCAUUUAUAAGCCCCCCCAAACCAGUAAUGCAAAAAACCCUCUGUUAAAUUGCCUCUCCAAAUAUAAGCCCCCUGAGGGCUUGUACCGGGAAUGUUGCCCUCAAAUACAAAGUAAAACAAAGUAAAAACGGUAAAUUUACCUUCAACUGUAAGGCUAGCCCAAUCGAUUUUGAAACACAAAUUUCCCUCCAUAGAUAAGCCCCUCCAAAAAUAAGCCCCUCAAAAAGGGCCUUUGAAAAAUAUAAGCCCUGGGGCUUACUUUUGGAAUUUUAUCAAAGUUAAUGUAAACAUUAUUAGCAAGAGCCUUAAAAUCUCUCACUUGAAAAAAGUUAAAUAAUAUUAGACAGUGCUAAUUUUAGUGACCUGAUUUAAUAGUUCAGGACUAAGGAAAGUGAAGUAUUACUGACUGUAUUAUUGUGAAUUUCUUUCUGUUUUGCAGCCCUGUAAAUAUCUCCUUCCUGCUGUCAGACACCAGGAUAUGCAUAAGAAAUGUGUAGUUAUAGACCUUGAUGAAACACUAGUACAUAGCUCAUUUAAGGUACAGUCAUGGCUUUGAGAAAGUAAUGAUAGUAGUGGUGAAUGUCAAAAAAGCAAGCAACCAAGAUCCACAUACAAAUUCAGUGGCAGAUCCAGGGGAGGGGCCCGGAGUGCCUGGGUCCCCCUUAUUUUUAGACCAAACUGAGGCCUAAAGGGCUGAAAAAAUUUUUUUUGGAGACCAGGUCCCCAUGCUCCCCUUAUCUAAGGGUCUGGAUGACCACCCCCCCCCCCCUCUUAUUUCAAGGUCUGGAUCUGGCACUGAAAUUCUCCAAACUAAUCUUGAAACAUUUCCUUGAAGAUUAGUUGAGAGAAUUUGAUGAAAGACCAAAGCAUUUCCCCUUGGUGAUCUUUUUUUAUUCUCGUAACCUUUUUGCUUGAGGAUGUUUUGAUGUUGUUGGGAGAAAAUUAAUGUUAGUCACUUUUGGAACUUAAUGGGUUACUUAAUCCUUAAACUAUCAAGAAUAAUGGGCACCAAAAACGUGUUCCCCCAAAAUUUAUUUUUUUCCUAAAAUCCUCACACAUGUCAAAUACACACAAAAGGAUAUGAUUCAUAAAAAUGUGCACACCAUGCCAAUCGUAACAAUGGUAAAAAAAACUACGAAUUGUCAAAGAAGCCUUGUGAUCACUGAUGGUAAGCUUCUUUGUCGUUUGGUACAGCAUUAUUGGAAGCUUUUAGCAGCAUGUGUUGCCCUAUGUGCUGACAGCUGACAUUUUGUGAUGCCACCUGUGGUUUCCCUGCAAAAGGACGUCUGAGAAAUGAGCACAGAAAUUCCACAUUGUCACUACCCAGAUCUGGGUGGUGCUUCUUAUUGGAUGAAAAUUUGCUUCAACCAAUCAAUCAGAAGCACUUCUAAGGUCUGGCUAGUGAGGCAUCAUCAGUACCAAAUUUCUGCAAUCAUUCCUUAGACAUUAUUUUGAGGAACCAGAGGUGACAUGGCAAAAUGAGUCAAGUAAUAAAAACAUCUUGAAAAAUUCAAAAAAUGUUUUUUUCGCCCCCCAGCCUCUCAAACACAAAUGGUGGCUGUCCAGCGAAGUAAUGUCCGUGAGUGACCAAGUCUUGGUCAUGGAUUUCAUGAAGAGUAUUCUUUGUUUUAUUGCAGCCUGUUCAUAAUGCAGAUUUUAUUGUCCCUGUUGAGAUCGAUGGCACAAUACACCAGGUAUUAUCAAAUGAAAUGGAGUAGAGUAUUACUCUUAUUGUUUUUCUAAUUUGCACAGCAGCAACAUUUUCUACUCUUGGUCUGGUCCUGUCCUGUCCUGAGGCCUUUAGACUUCAGGAACCCUUUCCUCAAUAUGGUGGGCGUUCCAAGAAGUACAGCAAAUUCUGACCCUAUAAUUGGGAGUCCGGUUUCCCUCUUAAGUUCUUCAGUAUCACUCCUGGAGUUAUUAUUAUUAUUAUUAUUAUUAUUAUUAUUAUUAUUUAUGACACAUUUUUUGGGCAAUCUCAAAACAAGCAUUUGUUUGUUUGACUUUUAGGUGUAUGUGUUAAAACGGCCCCAUGUGGAUGAAUUUUUACAAAGAGUUGGCGAGCUUUUUGAAUGUGUUUUAUUCACGGCCAGCUUAUCAAAGGUUUGUUUGACUUUGUUUGUUUCUUUGGAAGUUUUUGUUGGAUUUGCUUAGAUUAACUAGUGAAAUCAUAGGAAUACAUAAUUGCACUACUUUUUCCCUCCAAAGGAUUGUCUGAGACAUAAAGUCAGAUCAGUGCUGUAGUAAGAUUGCAAUGUUUUUCAGUUUAGCCACUGGUGCUUCCUUGACCCUUAUUAAGAACUGUUUUUACAUCAUAGAUUAAGUUACAUUGUAAAGACGUUCUUGCUCCUUGGUUACAAAGUUUGGUUUUAAAACAAUGUUUGUCACUCAAGGAGUUGCAUCAGGAGAAACAUUGUGUCCACAACAUUUUUCCUAUUAUAGCCAGGUCCUGUUAUUAUUAUUAUUACUAUUAUUAUUAUUAUUAUUAUUACUAUUAUUAUUAUUAUUAUUAUUAUUGUUAUUAAUGUUUUCAUAUUGCAUUUUUUAUCAGUAUGCUGACCCAGUUGCAGACUUGCUGGACAAGUGGGGGACAUUCCGUGCAAGACUUUUUAGAGAGUCUUGUGUAUUUCACAGAGGAAACUAUGUAAAGGUACAACAGCAGGCUGUUGUUUAAAGCCCAUCAAGCCUAUAGACAUGAUAGAGUGAAAUUACCUAUUUCUUUUGUGUCUUUAAUAAUAAGCAAUUAUGCAUAAGCAUAAUUAUGCCAUCAUGGCGGAUGUACGGGCCACGUUUUCCAGCCUUCUCACCAUUGACGCUAAAAUUGUCGACUAUGGCCGCAAUUAUUACUUUUGAAAGGGUAAAAACCUUUUAAUUAAAGCGGGGGCUUGCCCCUGUAAAUGCAAAACUGUUACCUGCUAAUUGGAACCUAAAUUGUUUAGGGAGCUAACAAGAAAACCAAAUGGUGCAUUGAGCUCCUAUUUAUCUUGUACAUUAAUUAUUAUUUUAAUUAAUUAAUAACUUCUUACUUUGUUCGUCUAUAAGAUUGUAAUAUCAACCUUUUACAUCAAUAAAAGGACAGUAAAGACUGAUCUCAUCUGAAAUAAAACAGAAAUAUUUAUAUGUUUAUUUGUGUAGAGAGUGAGUCACAAUGUGUUUAAUACAACAAGUUUAUCGACUUUUAAACUUAAGUUGCAAAUUUAAUAGAAAUCAACACAACCUGUAUAUAAUUAAGUCAAUACACAUUAACUGAAAGGUUGGGUUUUAAAUUACUAUGAACAGAAAAUGCAUAUUUAAAUACAUUAUAUUAGUACUACGCAUUUUAACAGAUUGUUGGUUGUCUAUUAGGAUUUGAGUAAACUGGGACGAGAUUUAAAGCAUGUUUUAAUUGUGGAUAAUUCACCAGCGUCAUACAGUUUUCACCCAGAGAAUGCGGUAAGGAUCAACUUCGGUUGAAAACUUGAAAACACGUUUCUUUGUAUAGAAGGAGAAAUACAGUCGAACAUUAGUAAGAGUGCAACUGCCAUUAGUAAGCGACAACAACCCAUAAGCAACUACCAAUCAAAAAUAAUAAAACUUUACAGUUGGAACCUCUUGUAAGAGAUCACCUCUUCUAAGCGACUGUGACCGUCACUUUUUGCGGAUGACGAAAUUAGUAAUUUUGCUAUUGUUUUUAACCCCGUGUAACCGACCGCUGCAUGCAUGGUCUAAUCUCUAUGUUUGUUCUAUGUUACAUAAAGUACUGGUAUACAAAGAACUUGUAAUGGCAACAUGGAACAACACAUAUUGUAACUUAGAAAUUGCAUGCAAUAAGUUAUUGUCCACAAAGUAGAUGUGUAGGGACUUCUUCUUAGAAGAGACACCAUGUGGUAUGAUUCUUGUAAACCACCACCUUCCGUAAGGGACCACUAUGUUUCCACAUUUUGUUUAGUUGCUUACGGGAGAUACAACUGCAUAUACGUUACUUUUUUGGAUUUUGCUCACAGCUUCAAGGGCAUUUGUCACACCAUAUCUCUGACACUUUUUCUUUUUAAUGGGUUAAAUAAUGUUGUCUUUUGCCUUCUACACAGGUCCCAGUUGUGUCUUGGUUUGAUGACUUUUCAGACAUGGAGCUUUUAGAAUUGAUACCCCUUCUGGAGAAGUUAAAUGAAGUCGAUGACGUGUGUGCAUUUUUGAGAAAUGACAACGUGAAUACUUUGAAGACAAGGUGCCAUCCUUUUGACACCAGCUGA